GUUGUUGUGUUUCUUGAUCUAUAAUCACACAGAACAGCAAAGAUGAAGCUGUUAAUGAGCGUUGUUGUGUUGAUGUGUGUUGUUGCAGCAGAGGAUUUAAUGUCACCAACAAUUGACCUCAUUAGUGAAAUCGAGAAGUUUAAGACCAUGGAGGAAAAGUUAAAUGCUCUUUAUGAUGAAUUCAGGGAACUAAGGAGCAAGAAUGAAGUCCACACUGAGGAGAAGAAUGUGAUGAACAGCUUGAGUUCUGCUGUAUUGGUUCUGAAUGAUGCAGUUAACAAGCAGGACCAGAAACAAACUGAAACAGAACGAUUGCUGGACAGUUUGAAGUCAUCCAUACAGACUGAUCAACAGAACAAACAGCGUGACUUUGAGUCUCUCUCGAGCUCAUUGGGUGCCCUGAAGAGUUCAGUGUCAGAUCUCACUUCAUCUGUCGCAUCUCUCUCUUCUAAACAACAGACCUCUGUUAACAAGCAGGACCAGAAACAAACUGAAACAGAACGAUUGCUGGACAGUUUGAAGUCAUCCAUACAGACUGAUCAACAGAACAAACAGCGUGACUUUGAGUCUCUCUCGAGCUCAUUGGGUGCCCUGAAGAGUUCAGUGUCAGAUCUCACUUCAUCUGUCGCAUCUCUCUCUUCUAAACAACAGACCUCUGAAAGGGUGAAUGUGGCUUUUUCAGCCUCACUGUCAGCUUCAUUGGGCUUCACAGAUUUUGGCCCUCAUACUGAAGCAACCACUCUUGUGUAUGAACAUGCAUUUAUUAACAAUGGAAAUGCUUAUGACACAAAUACAGGAAUCUUCACUGCACCAGUAAAAGGAGUUUAUUUCUUCAUCUAUGUGGUCUUCAAUCCUUCUAAUGUACCGACCGGUGUGAGACUGCUAAAGAAUGACAAAUUUGUGGUGGCAGCAUCAGAUAACCUGCCCGGACAGGACACCGAAGACACGACCUGCAACUCCGUCACUCUUCUUUUGGAGAAAGGGGACCGGAUUCAUCUUCAGCUCAUAGAGAAUCGACGGGUCUACGCGGAUAGCUGGAAACGGAACACCUUCAGCGGACACCUUCUGUUUACUGUGUGAAGGUCUGUGGCUGGUUGCUUAGACUCUUACAAGUAGUCAUCUAUUUUUUUUCUUCACAAAUUUUUAAUCAUUUACAUAAAAGGUAGACUGAUCUAUUUAGAAUCUGAAUGAAUUCUAACUAAUUACUAAUUGGUCAGUCAGACUAGUUCUUACAGUUUUUCUCAAUCACUUUGGCACAUUUCUCGAAACAGGCUUAACAUUCUCUAAACUGUAAGUGCAAUUGUCGCAACUGUUCACUGAAACAUCAGAACUCCAUUGCAUGUCUGCAAAAUGUAGUUACUUGUAUUUAGCUGUAUUCAUAUUGCAUUGCAAAACACUUGUGAUGAUAUUGAGGUGGGAUACUGGUAAGAUUAUUGACAGGUUUGUUGGUUUGGGUAGGUUUAAGGGUUAAGGGAAGGCUCAACAGUGUAAUUAUAGCUGUUUUUGAAAAAAUGUUUUUAUAAGUGCAUUGUAUCAAAUGAUGCAUUUACAGUAAAAGUUAGUACAAAGUAGUUAAAGACACCUAAUAUAAAGUGGGACAAAACAUUUUUAUUUACACAGGACAUUUUUUUUUUUUUUAGAAAUGUGUUACAUGUAAACUGAAAAUUCACAGUUGCUUGUUCUUUUUUACAUAUUCUAUACAGUAUGUCUUCCCCUAACACCACACAUUCUUCCCAUUGCUCUUCCACGACAAGCAACUGUGUUUUGUCAGUUUAUAUGUAACACAUUUCUACAAAAAAAACCCCCCAAAAAACUGCAGCUGCUGUUUAGGGAUUUACUGUAGACUUUCCUUCAUGUUCAAAAAUGGUUGUGCUAAGCAAUCUCCAUAUAGCCGUAUGUAACUGCAUGCUUCCAAACUUGAUUGGUUGAUUGGUAAGAUUGUGAUUCCUAUUUCAUUACAAUCGCACUUUGCAUUUUGCAUGUGAAGGCUCACACGAUGAAAGAAUGUUUAGAAGUUGUGAUGAGUUUGAUAGUUUCACUGAGAAUCAGCUCAUCAGUUUUGAUCAACAAUUGUUGACAAUUGUAUUUAUUUUUUUGCACAUGUGACAAAACACAUGCAAAUUGCUUUAAUCAAUAAGAAAUCCAAAUCUGAGACCUGAACUUACUUUUUUGAGAAAAAAAUGUUUUGUUCGAGAAUUGAGCCAAAGCGAUUGAGAAAAACUAUAAGACACUGUUUACUUAGGCCAACUGAUGGUAUUUUAGCUCGAACACAAUAAAUAAAGCAAAAGCAAAAUUUCCUGAACCUGUGAAGAAAAAAAAAAAAAUAUGACUUGGCAAGACAAACACAAGAAAGCUGUAAAAUGAGCCACAAAAAUCCUUUAAAUGUAGCACCAUAUAUAUCAUUGAUCACUGUUUGUUGUAUAGAUACUUAAGAAUUAUAAAUCACAUAUUACACAAAUAAAGUCAUAUGUUUCUAGAAAA